UUGUGUCUACUUCCCUCUGGAGCGGGUGCCUGCCUAGGACUCAGCUUAAAGGACUCUUCCAGACCCACUACUGCCCCGUUCCCAACAGCAGAUUGGAGCUUUGUGAUCUGGGUAGGGAGACCAGCUAAGACACAGUGGUGUGAGUCAUGGAGGCACCCAUCACCACCAGUGUCCUUUGAGUUAGAAUGUAGAGAAACAUGGACCCAGGCUUGUGUGAAGUCUUCACAGCACUUCAGGCUGAGGUCAGCCAUGUCAUCUGAGCCUCCCCCGCCGCCACUGCAGCCCCCCACGCAUCAGACUUCUGUAGGGCUAUUGGAUACUCCUCGUGCCCGGGAUCGCUCUCCAUCCCCGCUGCGGGGCAAUGUGGUCCCUAGCCCUCUGCCUACCCGCCGGACAAGGACCUUCUCAGCGACGGUGCGGGCUUCGCAGGGCCCUGUCUACAAAGGAGUCUGUAAGUGCUUCUGCCGCUCCAAGGGCCAUGGCUUCAUCACCCCAGCUGAUGGUGGGCCUGAUAUCUUCCUGCACAUCUCUGAUGUGGAAGGGGAGUAUGUUCCGGUGGAAGGCGACGAGGUCACCUAUAAGAUGUGCUCUAUCCCGCCCAAGAACGAGAAACUGCAGGCUGUAGAGGUGGUCAUCACCCACCUGGCACCAGGAACCAAGCAUGAGACCUGGUCCGGGCAUGUCAUCAGCAACUAGGGACCUGCAAGAACCCCUCCCUUCUCCUGGGCUUGAGAGAGACUUUGGGGAAAGGGGGAGCAGGACCAUCCUGGAUAUAACAUUCUACCACACAAGAUGGGGGCCUCAAGGCGGGCAUGGCCCCUUUCAAGCAUUUCCUGGAGGGAAGGAGUUGCGGGCAGGCAAGGGGUGCUCUCAGCCACCAGCACUGCCUCCAGCCAUUGCAACAAGCUCUCACUGUCUGAAAAAGCAUUAAAAGCAUUUGAAAAGGA